AUGGCUCUGUAUGCCCUUUUUAAUAAGAAGAUGCGCUCAAAAACUAUCUCACUCUUGUGCUAUCCAUUCGAUUUUCUCAAAAGACGAGGCAAGGCGUGGCUGUUUCUAUUCAAGGGUCCUAGCAUAAUUCAGGAGGGAUACGACAAGACUAAAGGCGCACCUUUUGAAAUACUUGCCCCAGACGCUCGCUAUCUCUUCGUCUCGUCAGCUGAACAUAUCAAAGCAAUCGACGCUGCCCCUGACUCUGUUUUGUCACUUCAAGCAGCGGCGAAGCAGAUGCUUCAACCCAAGUAUACAAUGCACAAUUUUAACUGGUUUGAUCAACGUGGUCUCGAAGGCACGCCGUUAGUUAGGGCUCUGCGGACCCUCCUUACCAAUCACGUUCCGGACAUUUUGCCUGAUAUCCGUCGAGCUAUGGUGACCAAAUUUGAUCAGAUGUUGCAGUCUUGUCCUGAGAUUGAUGGGGGCCACCUUGCUCCGUUAUACUCGAUGAUCAUCUCGGUUGUUGCAUAUUCCAACGCACUGGCAUUCUUUGGAGAAGAACUAGCUCAAAACCAAGAGUUUAUGAAAUCAGCCGUAGAUUUCAUUGAAAAAACUCUUCUAGUCGCUGAGAUAAUGCGCUUAUUGCCGUGCUUUAUGGCACCGAAAAUUGGUACUUUCCUCGCAAAUAAAUUCAAGGCUCAUCUCGUGAUAAACGACAAUUUGGUUGCCGUCACCGAAGAACGGCUUCGUGAGAGAGAUAUGAAGAGAUUCGGCCAUGAAAUCAGAACACAUAAAGACUGCAUUCAAUGGGUAAUGGAAUGCUCUCCAAAGCAAAAACCCUGGUCUGCUCAGCGUAUUGUUCAUGAAUUAAUGGCGCUUUGGUUUGGGUCUGUCCAUGUGCUUUCUACGACGAUCUGUUUCGCCAUACACGAUCUUUGUCUACACCCAGAAUAUAUUGAGCCUCUACGAGCCGAAUGUGCAGAGCCUGGAGCAAUGGAUCUGCUUGAUAGUUUUAUCAAGGAGUCAAUGCGUACUACGCCUGUCGAGUCAAUGAGCACCCGUCGCCAAGCACUGCAACCCUUUGAGCUCCCAGAUGGACACAAAAUCCAAGUCGGAGACUGGAUAUGCACGCCACUCCGAGCGAUGAUGCGCGAUUCAGCCAAUUACCCUGAUCCGCUCAAGUUCGAUGGUUUUCGAUUUGUGGAUACCGAACGUCUUAAUGCUCUGAAGAAUAUGCCAUCUUCUUUAGGAUCAGAUCCGGAAAUGCGCAUGGUGGGGUCUGGAAAAGGUUCUCGGCUUACAGAUGUGAUCGAUUGGCAAGUCUGGGGGACUGGACGUAUGGCCUGUCCCGGUAGAUACUAUGCCGCUGCAAUCAUGAGAACAGUGGUCGAGAUUUUCAUUACCGAGUAUGAUAUUCAACUCUCCAAUCCUGAGGCAUCUCGCUGGGUUAGUUGGCGGACAUUCAUCUACCCAAGAUCAAGCACGGAAGUUGUUCUGCGUCGGCGGAUAUAG